AUGCCUCGGAAGUUCACAGUUAAGGUCCCAGCAUCAUCUGCUAACAUCGGCCCAGGGUUCGAUGUUUUGGGAAUUGGUUUGAACUUGUUUCUUGAGUUGAAUGUCAACAUUGAUCCAUCCCACCCAAAACAGUCUGCCAACGAUGCUUUCAACUGUAAGCUCACUUAUGAGGGUGAAGGUGAAGAAGAUGUCCCAUUAGAUCCUAACCAAAAUUUGCUCACCAGAACAGCCUUGUAUGUUCUCCGUUGUCACGAAAUCAGAGAUUUUCCUAUUGGAACCCACGUUCAUGUGAAAAAUCCAAUCCCAUUGGGCAGAGGUCUUGGAUCAUCAGGAGCCGCGGUUGUUGCCGGGGUAAUGUUGGCAAAUGGUGUUGCUAACCUCAAAUUAUCAAAGAGUAGAAUGCUUGACUUCUGUCUUAUGAUUGAAAGACAUCCUGACAAUAUCACUGCGGCCAUGAUGGGUGGGUUUGUCGGCUCUUACUUACGUGAACUUAGUGCCUCUGAGUUGGAAAGAAAAGAGAUCCCAUUAGCCGAAGUGCUCCCACAACCUGCUGGAGGGUACGACACUGGGUUAACUCCUCCAAUUCCUCCAAUGAAAAUCGGCCAUCAUAUCAAGUAUGACUGGUGCAAGGAGAUCAAGUGUAUUGCCAUCAUUCCAGAUUUCGAAGUUUCUACCGCCAAGUCUCGUGGGGUUUUGCCUGGUGCCUAUACCAGAAGUGACCUCGUGUUCAACUUGCAAAGAUUAGCUGUGUUGACCACUGCUUUGACCAAAUCUCCUCCAGAUGCUGAACUCAUUUAUGCCGCUAUGCAAGACAAAGUCCAUCAACCAUACAGAAAGACUUUGAUCCCAGGUUUGAACGAAAUUACCUCCUCCAUCACUCCAAACACAUACCCGGGCUUGUUGGGUAUCUGUCUCUCUGGUGCUGGUCCAACUAUCUUGGCUUUGGCCACUGAUCACUUUGAUGAUAUUGCCGCCGCCAUCUUGAAUAUCUUUGAAAAAGAGAAUAUCACUUGUAAGUGGAAACUUUUAGAACCUGCUUAUGAUGGUGCUGUGAUGGAAGAAGAAUAA